UAGCUCCAUUAAAGGGACGGGAGCUGUAGCUCCAUUAAAGGGACGGGAGCUGUAGCUCCAUUAAAGGGACGGGAGCUGUAGCUCUAUUAAAGGGACGGGAGCUGUAGCUCCAUUAAAGGGACGGGAGCUGCAGCUCUAUUAAAGGGAUGGUGAUUUCAGAUGUAUGUUGUAGCAACGUUGUACUGUUUAACUGUUCAAGAAGCACAAUUCUUUAAUUGUUACAUUCAUUAUAAAUACAUUAAAUGUGCCUAACAUGUGAUGCUGCGUGUGGACUCAAAUUAUUUCACACUGAUUGUAUUAAAAAUAGGCUUUGUUGUGGCCCAAUUGUAGUGCACUACUUAGGGAAUAGGGUUCCAUUGGGUGAACACAUAAGUACAGUCAAAAAUCAAAUCAAAUGUUAAUGGUCACAUACACAUGGUUAGCAGAUGUUAAUGGUCACAUACACAUGGUUAGCAGAUGUUAAUGGUCACAUACACAUGGUUAGCAGAUGUUAUUGGUCACAUACACAUGGUUAGCAGAUGUUAAUGGUCACAUACACAUGGUUAGCAGAUAUUAAUGGUCACAUACACAUGGUUAGCAGAUGUUAAUGUGAGUGUAGCGAAAUGCUUGUACUUCUAGUUCCGACAGUGCAAUAAUAUCUAACAAGUAAUCUAACAAUUUCACAACAACUACCUUUUACACACAAGAGUAAAGGAAUGAAUAAGAAUAUGUACAUAUAAAUAUAUGGAUGAGCAAUGGCCAAACGGCAUAGGCAAGAUGCAGUAGAUGGUAUAGAGUACAGUAUAUACAUAUGAGAUGAGUAAUGUAGGGUAUGUAAACAUUAUAUAAAGUGGCAUUGUUUAAAAUGACUAGUGAUACAUUUAUUACAUAAUUUUUUUAAUUAUUAGUGGUUGGAGAUUUGAGUCAGUAUGUUGGCAGCAGCCACUCAAUGUUAGUGGUGGUUGUUUAACAGGCCUUGAGAUAGAAGCUGUCUAAUGUCUAACCCCUGGCAAAAUAUCUAGAUAAUGGUGUGUUGCUAGGAAACCAUUAUCUUCAUCUUUCAAUAGAAUUAGAAUGACUAAAUAAUUGAAUUCUAUAAUUCUAUGGAUUCUAUAAUCAUAAUGUGGCUAAGUGCUCACAAUGAGUGACAGGCGUGUUCUGGAACCUUCAGGGACCAUACUACUAGGAAUGCACCUGUCCUCUCCUCAGAUCAUCCUGAAGCUUCAGCCUGGACAGGUAUCUAUUAGCAGUGUUGAGAAUGGAAGUCCAACUAGGUAAAGAGCUGAGCUGUCCUGUGUGUUUAGACGUCUUCAGUCCACCUGUUAUAGAGUUGUGUUGUAGUCAUAACUACUGCAAGAAGUGUAUUCACCAGACCCUCAUCGCCCAGAACUGCAACAAGCCCCAGGACAAGUUCAUCUGCCCCAUGUGUAGAAAGGUGAACAUCUUACCUGACAAGGGACUCAAUGGGUUGAAGAGGAACAUGUUUGUUGAGAACGUCGUGGCGAUAUUGAAAGAAAGGACAGAGAGUAACGAGGCCAAGCAGCAAGCUCUGAAGGAAUUCAUGUGCCCUGAUCAUAAUGAAAUCAUGAAUCUGGUGUGUCUACAGGAUAACACGUUGAUCUGCGCAGGAUGUAAACUGUUUGGCCACCACAGCAGCCAUGCCGUGUCCAAGCUAUUUGACGUGUACGAGCAGAGAAAGGAGGGCUUCGCCAAACAGAUGAACAGUCUGCUGGACAAACAUGAAGCAAACAAAAAAUGCAUUGAGGGUUUGGUUUGCCAGAAGCAGGACCUCCUCUCGUCCUCUAAGGACAUUGAGGCUUUCCUGAAGAAGCUGGGGGACAGUCUGAUCUGGGAGAUCCAGAGGAAGGUGAGCCACAUGGUCACGAAGGUCCACACGGAGUGCUCCAUGAGGUGCCGUUGCCUCCAGGAUGGCAUGGACGAGCUCAGCGCUCCCCAGAAGGUCCACACUGAGAUGAAGAAACAUGUAGAUGGCAGUAAAAGCCCAGUUGACUUCCUGAAGGGGGAGAGGCGUCUGCACAGAGAGGCUGAGAAGGUCCUGGAGCCAGUGGACUGGUCAGCCCAGUAUAGAGAGUCCAUCUCCCUGGGUCAGUACGUAGAGGACCUGAUGUCCGGCAUUGACAUCCGCAGGAUGGGCACCGUGAGAGGGAAGAGCCUGGUCAAGAACAUCUCUCAGGACCUCAAGGCCUGGAGGUCUGGGAGGACCAGCUUUGACCUGACGGCCUACAGGAGUUUGGACGUGAUGCUGACCAAGACAGCCUCCCUGGUGGAGCAGGGCGAGGACGACUCAGAUGACUCAGACUCUGACACCUGCCUCAGCUGGGAGACACACAGCACUUCUGAAGAGGAAGGGGCCACCGGAGACACCAAACAGAAAGCUUGAGAAUACAGUAAAACGCCAAAUAUGCCACUAUGUCAGGUUGUCAGACAAGAGAUAUUAAAUACACUCUCUCUAUUUUGUCAAACGGUCUCUGUCCCUUUUCUUCCUGGAAUUCAUCAAAUGGCAAUUCAGUACCUUAUAAAUUAAAU